AUGUCUCUCUCCAUACCGCAAGCUUCGCAGGCUGGCCUCUUCAAACAAGGCUAUAACAGCUACGACGCCGAAGAUGGAGCCGUUAUACGAAACAUUGAUGCUUGCAGAACGAUAGCCUCGACGGUGCAAACCAGCCUUGGUCCAUUUGGAAGGAAUAAAAUUGUCAUCAACCACUUACAGAAAAUGAUCCUGACCUCCGACGCUGCCACUAUUCUCAGAGAACUCGAUGUCGUACAUCCAGCGGCGAAAUUACUUGUCAUGGCUUCACAGCAGCAGGAAGCAGAGAUGGGCGAUGCGACAAACAUGGUCAUAGUACUGGCUGGAGAAUUGCUGAAAAAGGCAGAGGAGCUUCUACGGAUGGGCUUGACCACUAGCGAUGUAAUCAGUGGUUAUGAGAGGGCUGGUAAAGAGGCAAUCAAGUGUCUGGAGCGGCUUGAGGUUGAAAGAGUGAGGGACAUCAGGAAUAAAGAUGAACUGGUCAAAGCACUCCGAACCGUUGUUGCGUCGAAGCAAUCAGGCACUGAGGAUGUGCUUGCCUCCCUUGUGGCGGAAGCUGUGCUUGCUGUUCUCCCGAAGAAUCCAGUCAAUUUCAACGUGGACAAUAUUCGAGUGGUGAAGAUUAUGGGUGGUUCGUUGGAGCAAUCGAAAGUGGUGAAAGGCAUGGUUUUUGGAAGGGAGCCAGACGGGGUCAUCAAGAAUACCAGGAAGGCCAAGGUCGGGGUGUUCUCAUGUCCCAUUGAUAUCAGCCAGACGGAGACCAAGGGAACAGUGCUGUUGAAGAACGCAGAGGAGAUGCUGAACUUCUCAACUGGUGAAGAAGAACAAUUGGAGACCGCCAUAAAAGAGCUCUAUGAUUCAGGCCUAAGGGUUGUUGUUGCUGGUGCUACCGUUGGAGAACUUGCUCUGCAUUACCUCAAUCGCUUCAAGAUUCUGGUCAUUAAAGUCUUGUCCAAAUUCGAGCUGAGAAGGUUAUGCCGCGUGGUAGGGGCAACACCUCUUGCCAGAUUAGGGGCACCGAUGCCGGACGAGAUGGGCACGAUAGACGUUGUGGAGACGACCGAAAUCGGAGGCGACAGAGUUACCGUAUUCAGGCAAGAGGAUCCUGCUGCUAUCACUCGGACUGCAACGAUUGUUCUUCGAGGCGCAACUCAAAACCAUCUGGACGAUGUCGAACGAGCUAUUGAUGAUGGCGUGAAUGUGGUCAAAGCUUUGACGAAGGACGGGAGACUAGUUCCUGGUGCUGGAGCUACAGAGAUGCAAUUGGUAGAGAGGAUAUCUGCUUAUGCGGACAGGACCCCUGGCCUCCCGCAACACGCAAUACGGAAGUAUGCUGAGGCGUUUGAGGUCAUCCCGAGGACUCUGGCAGAAAGCGCUGGGCUUGACGCCACUGAAGUUCUGGCACGACUGUAUACCGCACAUCAGCACCGCGAAUCAACGGAUGAGGAAUCUUCAGAGGAAGAAGACGGAUCUGGGGAUGCCAACGAGAGCUCAGAUGAUGAAGAGCCAUACUGGACCACGGGAGUGGACCUGGAAGCUUCAGAUGCAAGCGGAAUACUGGAUACCAUGGAGGAGGGUAUUCUGGAUCUGAUGGUCAGCAAGAGCUGGGCGAUCAGAUUAGCGACAGAGUCGGCCAGAACGGUGCUUUCGGUGGAUCAGAUCAUCGUAGCCAGACAGGCUGGUGGGCCAAAGCCGCCAGGACAGAAUCCCAAUUGGGAUGAAGAUUGA